AUGGCCCAUGGAGGAGGCCUCGGCUCGUCGGCUGGGCUCGAGGAGAAGCCAGUGGCCUGUGUGGCCAGCAGCACGGCCUUGGCCAUUAGGAACUCCACGAUUAUCGCCCAUCGGCUGUCCAUUUAUCUGCCCCAAUUGCUGCUGCCCUCGCGGGAUCCCCAGAAGCUCAUUACAGAAAUUAACUGCCAUGUGGCCCAGUUUCGGGAGUUACUCAUCUUCAUAGGCCAGGCCCGGGAUUCCCCCGAGUUGCGGGAGAAGAUCCGGAAGCUGAGGCGCAACUGUGUGGAUGCCUGCAAGCACACCGCCCAUUUAAUCACCCCCCAGCCACGCCAUUGCCUGGGCAGUCCCAGUGAGAGGAUGCACUUGACCCUGCUCUUUCACCUCACCCAGCAAUUUCAACAUGAACUCAUGAAGAGCCAUCGUUUGAUCCAGCUGGUGCCCCUGGACAUGACGGAUUAUUAUGCUUCCUCGCGCACUGCUCCCUCCAAUUUGGGCAAUGUUAUAAGCCAAUUCCUGCUGUGCAAGCAAAUAAAUCCUGAUUUCCAGCAGGAGGAGCUGUGCAGCAUUGCCAAGGACUCUCAAGAGCUGGCCGAGCUCCUGGAGGAGCUACAGGCUCAAAUGCCCUUGACAGAGGCUUCCCCAGUAUCUGAACUGGAUACAGAAAAGAAAUCUGAAAGUAGCCUCGUAUCCCUCAACACUCCCGAUUGGUAUGCCCGUCAACGUAGAAGGAGUUGCAAAAGCCGGAGCCGCAGUCUGUGUUGUUGUCUAGCCAAAAAUCAUGGCAAAACUUUUUAAAAGAGUAAAAUAACCAAAGCUUCCUUAGCUUAACCAAAGGCUAAGAGCAUCUUAGGGAAAUUUAACCGCCCAAUAUUAUUAGAAAAGCAAGAUAUGCCACAUCAUUUUUGAAAAGGAAGUGAAGAACUGUCAAUUCUAGAAAAUAGUGAGUUAACACUUAUAAACAAGAAGUAAUGAAGUCUGUAAUUACUGCUAUGCUCGAUGAUAAUGGAACAGGCGCGCGAUAAAAUGUAUUCCCACUUCCCAGAAAUGAUAAUGCCGGCGUUGAGGAGCACCAAAACAGAGCCAAGGCAAUAACCGUAAUGAAAGCGACUUAAAGAUACACAAACCAGAAAUACAAAUGAAGAGUUGGUGUUUUCUCGUUUCGAGGAAGCCCAAACCGAAUGAUGAAAUCCGAAAUCUGCGCCCCCAUACACGGGACAAAGGGUGAUAAAUUCACCCGGCGAGCAGGUGAAAUCCCGCUUUAUGAUGGCUGGGAAAGAUGUCACAUGUUUAUGGACGAGAAUCCCCAGAAGCCCCAAGAGUGUUUGCCGACCACUUAGCAGACCAGGUGAUGUCGGCUUUGCAGCGGCGUCGACCAGCCCACCUGGUAACCAUAAACGCAGAUUAGAUGCCGGCUUACACCGCGUGCCUCCCGUCGUUGGACAAAGGCAGGCACUCUGAGCGAAGCACGACUCCCUGACUAGCUGAUAAUGCGCCUUGACAACAGGCAGCCCCGAAUUAAUUAGAAUACAUUGACUUUGAUU